AUAUAUAUAUAUAUAGGGCGUUUUUAUCCACUUCUUGUUGUUGGUCUGCUUGCUCGGCCACUCUUUCUCUGAACAAUCAUAAACUUGAACAAAUUGAUGGCGUCUUCUCUAUCUACCUAUUAUCAUCACCUCCCUACUGCUACCAUUAGUACUCAUCGGUCUUCAAAGAGUAAGAAUGGGGGCAAUCUCUCUUCUCAAUUGUUAUUCAAAAACUUCAACUUGUCUUCCAAAUCCAACAUCUCUCACCAAUUCCUUCACUCUAAGCAAUCCCAACUGCUACUCGCUUCAAAUUCAAGGCAGUCUCUCACUGUCAGAUCAAUGGCGCCCCCUAAGCCUGGUGGAAAAUCCAAGAAAGUGACUGGAUUGAUUAAGCUGGCUCUGGAGGCAGGGAAGGCCACACCUGCACCGCCUGUUGGGCCAGCCCUUGGUUCAAAGGGUGUCAAUAUCAUGGCAUUCUGUAAGGACUACAAUGCCAGGACCGCCGACAAAGCCGGUUAUGUCAUUCCUGUUGAAAUCACCGUCUAUGAUGAUAGAAGCUUCACUUUUAUCUUGAAGACUCCACCUGCUUCAGUCCUGCUCCUGAAGGCUGCAGGGGUGGAGAAAGGUUCUAAAGACCCAAAGCUACAGAAAGUGGGGAUGGUCACAAUUGACCAGUUGCGUGCAAUUGCAACAGAGAAGUUACCAGACUUGAAUUGUUCGAGCAUUGAAUCAGCAAUGAGAAUUAUAGCAGGCACUGCUGCUAACAUGGGUAUCGAUGUUGACCCUCCUAUUCUUGAACCUAAAAAAAAGGAACUUGUGUAAUCAUUUUAGUUCAUCCUCAGAAAUUGACUGCAGCUGUAUCUUGAAGCAUUUUUCUGAAAGAAACGUGUUAGUAUUGUGCUGUAAUAUUCUGUGUCCGGUUUUGCCAUCGGGGUUGUGGUUUUCUAACAGUGACAGUUUGUUCCAGAGAGUUUCACUAUAUGCUUGAUCGUGUAUUUUGUGUGUGUGAGAGAGACGGUUCAAACAACCACCAUUAACUAAUUGUCCUCUUGGGAGUUAACCGUAGGGUUUCUUUGUAUUGAAUGCUGUCUUUCAUUUUUACAGUUUUCUUACAAGAGAUUUUCAUCC